ACUUCUUUUCCAGAUGUGCCUUCCACUCUUUGCAAAGAGUGGGCUAAAUCCUGGGCAAAUCUUCCUGGUGCAAAGCGGAAUUGCUACCUUGAAGCUAACUGUGUUCUGGAUCAUAAAGGGUUUUGAGCAUGGAUAAAAUUUCUCUCUCUUUCCUUUGCUUGCUGAGAGAAAAGUUUCUCUGUGUACCCCUGCUGCUAGGGUAGUGAACAGUGCCUGCUGUGGUACUCCAUAGGAAAGGAAGGAUGAAAAUAAGCUUUCAGAGUGACUGAGGAGGGGGUGUAAGCAGAUAGCAGCCUGUGCUGUGUGUCCUGCCUGUGUUUCAAAGCGGAGAAGCUGGCCAUGAUGUGAAAAGCAUCCUGGCAGUGGCUCUUUAGGCAGUAAGAUGCGUGCUUAUCUCUGCCCCUGCCACUACUGGCAGUAAUGCCCAGCAGAGCUGAUGUUGCUUCCUGGUGAUACCUCACCAGGACAAGACCCAGCCUGUGGGACUGAUGAGGUGCUGCGCUGCUUGUUCUUCAACUGGAUUCCCAAAGAGAAAGCCAGGAGAGAGCACAGGCUGUGAAAGGGUUGCUUGCCAAGGAUUUCUUUGUUCUUGACUUCUCACGUAACGACUGAUGGCUCGGCCUGCUGUGGCGAAAGGAGUGGGACCCAGCCACGUCUUGUAUCUGGACUGUCUUCUUCCGAAGCUGCAUUCCCACCGUGUGCUCCCAGGCAAAUGCAUCUGCCAUUCUGCUCGCCUCUCUAGCAGUACCUUCUGCCUUGUGAUUUGUCAGUACCCUCGAUGUAGUCCUCAACUUCCUCUUGCGACUUAAAAGUGACCACCAAACUGAACUUAAAUAAGAGACACGAAACCAAAGGCUGUUACGUUUUCCAUAUCUUGCACGCACAACAUCAAGACCAUUUAGCAUCUGAUUAAUUCAGAGGCCCCAAAUAAGUCACCGAAGAGCCCUUUGUGCAAGAGACAAGUUGACUGCCCCAAAACACACCGGGGCUCGGAGCAGUCUCAAAGCAGACACAUCUGACAGCUGUGCUUCACUGAAUCGUAGGCUCCUAGCUGGGACGGUGGCUAACUCAGAAGCUGAACAUCCAGGGGAGCAAAGAUUGUGUCCAGCUCUGAAGAAAUAGAGGGUCUUGUACUAACCCUGGGGUCCAGCUCAGCUGCAAGCAGUUGGUGUCCUUCCUGAGGGGACUCUGGCGCAUGUGUCACCUCCGCUGCUCCGCUUGGAAUAAGAUGAAGGUGAUGUUGAGCCUGGCUCUGGUGCUGGCGUUGCUGGGGCAUCAGACAAGUACUUGGUGCUUUGCCAGGGCCCAGCCCUUGGUGGCUCGUGGAAGGACUGAGCAGAGUGGCUAAGGCACCAGAGAGAUGCAGCGGCUCGGCUGGCUGGGUGUUCACACAGCCUCAGCUUCGAGCCGGCGCUGGGGACUCUGUCCUGCUGCAGUGCCUCCUCCGAGAUGUGGCAGACGAGAGCUGGACGAUGGUGAAGGUGGACUGGCUGCACGUGCCGGGAACGGGCGCACAGAAGGAGGAGAUGGUGUUUUAUUACUACAGCAACUGCAGCAUCUCCGUGGGCCGCUACCGGGACCGGGUGCAGUGGCAGGGGGACAUCUCCCGCUGGGACGGCUCCAUCCAGCUGCGGGGCGUGCAGGUGAACGACAGCGGCAGGUACCUGUGUGAGAUGCGGCUGCUGCAGCACAGCAGCAUCUUCAAGAACCACACGGUGCUGCAAAUCAGCCCCAUGGCACGGACAGCAGGUCAAGAAGCAACGAGUGCCCAGAGCUCUGCGGUCCUGGGAGACAGCGGGCUUUGGGCUGUGACUGUGGGCUGUGGCUCUGUGGCCGUGGUGUUGGCAUUCCUGGCAGGACGCACCCUGAGGAAGAGGUCUGCAGCCAACACGGCCCUGGAGAGGAGCAGAAAUGAGGGCAGCAAGGACAAAGCCAAGGAAGGGAUUUACUGCUCAAUGCCCGGAGCUGAGGCACCCAAGGCUGAACAGGACGCAAAGAAGAAGAAGAAAGCUGAGGAGACCUACAUAACCAUGCACCCCUCUUUCUUCCGUGAGAACGGCAUCUACGUGGAGCUGGCCAGGAGGGUGAUCCCGGCAGAGUGGAUGGAAGAGGGCAGAUGGGAUGAGAGACCAAGCGAGGACCCCUACAGCAGACCACAGGAGGCCCUUCCCUGUCCCCCAGAGAGCGAGAAAUAACCGUGCUGGGGGACGUAAGCUCCUUAACCGGCUGUGUGCUCAAGACAUCUUUGUUCCUGUGGUGGGCCAGCGUUGUGCUGCUGUCAGCCCUUCCUCUGAGCAGUGUCGCUGCUUCGCUCUUAUCUCCGUGCCGGAGCUGCUGCUGGGGCUUGUCCUGUCCCCGUUAUCUGCAGCGGGACCCAGGGAGCUGUGUUUCUCCCUCCUUCUUCUAUCUGGAGGGGGACAGGAGGGCACAGCCUUCACUCUGCAGCUUUGAUCCCAGCCCGUGCUGCUCCGGGACCAGAGAUAAUGAACUCGAGGAGAGCCUGGUGGGGAAGGGAGGGGGAGAGGCAGCGGGAGCCGUGCCAGGGGUAUCUUCUGAAAACAAUAAAACUCAGCGAGGCCGGGGAGAUCUUCCCUCUUCCUGGCUUCCUUUAACCUCCUGCUUAAA